AUAUAUAUAUCCGAAAACAGAUAUGGCUGCGCCCGUGCGCCGUGUUGCAGCUGUGCUGUAGGACUAACCGGUGCGUUUCUCGAUAAAAAGGACAAUAAAUAACGAGUAUGUCGCACAGCUAAGCUGAAGAGAAAAUUCGUAUACUUACGCGAAAAGUCGCUCACAUAGUUCAGCUGAAAUCCUUCGAAACUCUGCUCGAGAAUUUGACAGUUGUUCGAUCUUUGAUUGUUUUGACAUGUUCGUCAAUUUUUUAGUAAUUUCUAUAAUAAGUUAGAUAAGCAGAGCUUGCGGCAAUCGCAUUGAUUAUUAUUGCACGUAAGUGUUCGCGUCGACAGUGUUCACAGCAACAUGUGGUUGUUAAGAGAUCAAAAUGGUAAAAUCAGGUACCUGAAGCCAGGCAAGACGUACAAUGUCGGAAGAAAACAAGCUGACAUCGUCCUGGAGAAUGACUCUUCCAUAAGCCGUGCUCAUGCAAUUUUGACUACAACGCUCAAAGAACAAACAAGGACAUCCGAAGUAUCGUCCACGUGCGUUGUCAAAGAUGCCAAUUCCAAGUACGGCACUUUUAUCAUUCGAAACAAUGUUCAAAUGAAAGUUCCGGCUACUGGUUUAGAACUAGAACCUAAUGACAGGGUAAAAUUUGGUUUGCAACAACACAUUUUUAUCACUGAGUACAUUCGCUUUGUGUCAGUGAUUUCACGCUUGAACGCAGACCAUAAAAAGAAACUUAAAAAUAUUAUGGACAGCAUUGGUGGAAUUGUCAUUGAUUGUUAUGAUGACAAUUGCACACAUUUGACUGCAACGACUGCAUCUUCCACAAGCAAGAUAAUUUCAGCAUUAAUAGCUGGAAUACCGAUUGUCGAUAUAAAUUAUUGGACAUCAGUUUUAAAUGCUAUAAAUGCAGAUGAAAAUCUACCAAAUCCUGACUCGUUUACUCUUCCACUGCAAGAUAAAGGUAUUAAUACCCAACGAGUAUCGCUGAAGCCAAAUCCUAUGCGCAAAACCCUUUUUCAAGGAAAAACGUUUGUAUUCUUUUCUGAAAAAACGUAUAAGGAGUACAAAAAAAUGAUAAAGGAUGCAGGAGGUAAAAUUGAGUUAUUCAAGAUAAAUACUAAAAGUAUUCAAGAGGAUCUUUUUACUGAUGAUACUAUUAUAAUGCAAAUAACAACCGAGAGCGCAUCAGAUGAAUUAGCUGCAUUUGAUGCAAUGCUCUAUGAUAAAAUGCAAAAGAAGAAACUUAGAAUGAUAGCUGAAACAGAGAUUCCUUUAGCUAUUGUUUAUGUCUCACUAAGUCAGUACUGCAACCCUAAGUUUAAUUUUAAGCAACUUAUGAUAAGAAAAAGUUUCAAAGACACUUCUGAAGUACUCGCAUUAGAUACCCAAGAUGUCUUGAUGUCAAAUCCAGGCAAAGAUGGUGCAGGACAAAGUACAGCUUCUAGACAAGUAUUGAUUCCUGAAACUGAAGAUUUUAUGCUGGAGAAUUUUUCUGAUAAUGAAAAUGACAGAACAACGAAUAGUAGAAAUCAUAACAAGCCAAAGCUAGAGGAAUUAAAAGAAAAAAAUGUUAACAAGAAGCUCUCAAAACUUGCAUCUUCUGAAAUAUGUACAAUGGAAAUCGAAGAUAAUCUCUCAAACGAUCCCAAGUUUAGAGAUAAGAAGACUGUGGGCGAGAAAUGUUCGCGUAAUUUAGAAAUUGUAAAAGCAAAACCAACUUUAGACGUGAUCAAUGAUGAUAAUUUUGCAGUAUUAGAAAAACAGAAGAAAGCAAUAAAAAGAAAAGAAGAUGAUGAUGAUAGGAAGGAAAAUAAAUUUAGUAAAUUAGGAUUUAAGAAAAGUGAAAAGAAAACUUUGGACUUUGAUUUAGACGAGAUGGACAUAGAAGUGCCAAAGGAAAAAAUUAAGAAGGAAAUUAUAUCACAAGAGAGAAAUGAAGUAAAACAUGACGCUAAGACGAAUAACAAACUCUUCAAAAAGAUCUACACGAACAUUCCAGUUACCAGGAUAGCACUUUCAGACAUGACUGUAUGGAGGCCUAAUGCUUGAAUUUAAGUUUUUAUCAUAAUAUUUAUUUGUUCGUUCUCAGUUCUGUUUACUGUGUUAAUGUAAAUAAUUUAAAAACGCAAAGUACCUUUAUACUUUUAUAACAAAAUUCAAUAAAACGAGAAACUGUUGUACCCGUACAA